UAGUGCUCCAAUUUUUUUAGGCGUGAUAAAGGCUAAAAUGUUUGCAAACAAAGUCGUUCUCGUUACUGGUGGUAGCUCUGGUAUAGGAGCGGCUGCAGUCGAAGGUUUUGCUAAAGAAGGUGCCUUCGUUGCUUUCGUUGGAAGAAACGAAACUAAAUUGAAAGCAGUUGCAGAGCGUUGCGGAGCAAACACCUUCCCCAUAAAAGCUGACAUCGCCAAAGAUGAAGAAGCGAAGACCAUUGUGGCGAAAACCAUUGAGAAGUUUGGAAAACUUGAUGUCCUAGUGAACAAUGCUGGAAUCUCAAGAAUUGUUGGCUUAAGUGACCCAAAUAUAUUAGAUGCCUUCGAUCUGAUUAUGAACACGAAUCUUCGAGCUGUCGUCUUGUUAACCAAUUUGGCGAUUCCUUAUCUUAAAGAAACGAAAGGAAACAUCGUUAACGUGUCAAGCGUAGCAUCAACUACCAUUCCAUCUUUAAUGGAUGGCUUUGUAAGUUAUUGUGUUUCGAAAGCCGGAUUGGAUCAGUUUACCAGAGGUGCUGCUAAGGAAUUUGCAUCAUUUGGAGUAAGGGUGAAUUCUGUUAACCCUGGACCAGUUAUUACUGAUAUGGCAGUUAACAGUGGGAUUGAUAAUGUUCCUGACGAUGAUAUGAUGAAGAAUAUCACAGCAUUGGGAAGAGCAUCGGACGCCGAUGAAGUCAGUGAUCUUAUCCAAUACCUAGCUAGUGAUAAGGCUAGAAGUGUGACGGGAUCCUGUUUCGUUAUUGAUAAUGGCAUGCUUCUUAAGUGAUCUAUUUAUGUUAGUCCUCAUUUAUUGUGUUCGCGAUCAAUCCUUUUUUUUAAGUUGAUUGUAGUGUUGACUGUAAAAUGUCGUAUUUUAAAGUUGGUACCUAGCUGACGUGUAAGCUACAAGUUUAAGUUUUUUUUCAAUUGUAUUGAUUAAAUAAGUAUUUUAUA